CAUAUGCGCAUGCGCAGACGUGCGGGUCUGUUUUGAGCGGGUCGCGAACUCUGACCUCCUGUAGCUGCUGUGAGCCGUCAGUUUAUGAUAAUUUAUCAAAACAUCACAGUAUUUGGAUAAUUUCUCACGCGUUCAGGGUGGGCCUGUGGCUGAUGGGGCGUUGCUGAGCCUUGGUUCUGACGGAAGGGUAUCAUGGAAGGAGAAAGUCCCAGAAUUCAGCUGGUGUCUGCAGAUGGAGGCCUGCAGAUUUUGACGGAGCAGCAGUUGGCUCAGAAGGUGCAGAUAGUCACAGCCAUUGAUCAGGCAGGAGCCGGCAAGCAGCAGUUUAUUUUAGCUAACCUGGAUUACCCCAACCAGGAGAAACUGUUCAUCAAACAGGAGAACUCGCCAUCCAAGGUCAUCUUGACUUCUGCCGAUGGGUCAGCUGUCAAUCAACUGCUGUUUGCAUCACCCGAGCUGACAGGACAACAAAUCCAGUUCGUGACGGAGGGCUCCGAACAGGGCACUACCAAACUUCCAGUGGAGUAUUGUGUAGUUUGUGGAGACAAGGCCUCAGGUCGACAUUACGGAGCAGUGAGCUGUGAGGGCUGUAAGGGUUUCUUCAAGCGCAGCAUCAGGAAGAACUUGGUGUACACGUGCCGCGGGUCUGGAGGAUGUGUCAUCAACAAACACCAUCGGAACCGCUGUCAGUACUGCAGACUGCAGCGCUGCAUGGCCCUCGGCAUGAAACAAGACUCUGUUCAGUGUGAGAGGAAACCGGUAGAGGUGUCGAGGGAGAAGCCGGCCAACUGUGCGCCCUCCAUCGAAAAGAUCUACAUCCGUAAAAACCUCUGCAGUCCUCUCGCCGCCAUGCCAACGUUUGUUAGUGAAAAAGAGACUACCAGGUAUAAAUGUGAAUGUGUGAUUGUGUCAAAUACCAUCUUUUUUUUUCCUAACGCUGGGUCUGAUCACAGGUCCACCAGUUUACUGGAUUCGAACAUGCUCUUGAACAUCCAGCAGUCUCUGUCCAAACUUGACAACACCAUUUUAAUCCCUUCUUCACCAGAUCAGAAUGACUCUAGUCAAGGAGAUCUGGGUACCUUGGCCAACGUGGUCACGUCUCUCGGUCACCUCAGUAAAAGUCGUGAGAUGAUGGAAAGCAGUACCGACCCAUCGGGGAUGGAGACCAUGAGUAACGAUGACAGCGUUAUGACGGACAUCCAAAGGGAUGAGUCGAAUGAUGUCUCACGGGCCUUUGACACGCUCACAAAGGUGCUUCAGCCUGUGGAGGGUUGUGGGGAAGAGGUGGCUGAAGGGUCUGUCAGGGUUGAUGAACAGACCACCGCCCUGCUGGAACUGGAAGGACCGCUGCUCUCAGAUAUGCAUGUGCCCUUUAAGCUGAUGAUGCCGCUGCCCAUGCCAGACUUCCUGAAUCUGAAUUACAUCUGUGAAUCAGCUUCCCGUCUGCUGUUCCUCUCCAUGCACUGGGCACGCUCUAUUCCAGCUUUCCAGGCCCUUGGCUCCGAGAACAGCAUCACGCUGAUGAAGGCCUGCUGGAAUGAGUUGUUUGCUUUAGGUCUGGCUCAGUGUUCACACAUUAUGAAUGUAGAAACCAUCCUCACAGCCAUAAUCAGCCACUUACAGACCAACCUGGAUGAAGAAAAACUGUCCCCGGAGCGGGUGAAGCUAGUCAUGGAGCAUAUCUGGCGUAUGCAGGAAUUUUGUAACAGUAUGAGUCGCAUGAGUCCUGACGCAUAUGAAUAUGCUUACCUCAAAGCUGUGGUUCUCUUCAGCCCAGAUCACUGUGGAGUGGAUGGCACCCUUCAGAUCGAACGCUUUCAGGAGAAAGCCUACAUGGAACUACAGGACUAUGUGAGCAAAGUGUAUCCAGAGGACACAUAUCGUCUUUCGAAACUGUUAGUUCGCCUGCCUGCUCUGCGGCUCAUGAGCGCGGCGGUGACCGAAGAGCUCUUUUUCGCCGGUCUCAUCGGGAACGUCCAGAUCGACAGUAUCAUUCCCUACAUCCUCAAAAUGGAGUCUACCGACUACAACAGCCAGCCAAUCAGCACGGCUGAGUGACAGAAGCCCCGCCCACAGCCGCGCCCAUCAGCUUUGCUUGCUCAAACCCUUAGGCCAAAACAGAUAUACUCAUGUGAAUUUUGAAUGAGAGAAUCAUUUUUUUAUGACUUUGCUUUUUCAUUCGGUCAGUGGUUGUGUCUGUGGGUUAUGUAAUAUGCAUUAUGUGGUUUACCGCAACUGUUGCGGUUGGAUCAUUUGGGCUUUAAUUGUACUGAUGUACUUAUGUUUAGAAAAGUGUCCAUAAAGAUACUGAAAGUGCAUGGAACCUGUUCUUGAGAACUUGUUCCAAAGAGAACUUUGCCCCCUGUCCCAAGCACUGAAUUCCUCUGUAUGUAUGAUAAUUAUGUAUAUAGGAAUAAUAAAUGAUAUACAGGGUUCCCACAGUCACAGAAAAUCUUUUUUUUUUUUUUCAACCCUGUAAAAGUCAUGGGAAUUUAUGGAGCGCAUGUAAAUGUUUCUGUUUAUGCUCUAUUAUAUUUAAUUGGCAAAAUAUUCAUCUAUGAGUGCAAUCUUCAAAUUUUGAUCAAAUGUGUGGGAAUCUAGACAGUGGUUGACCUCUGUAAUGUUUAAAUAAUGAAUAUGUUUGUGUUGUGUUGCAUUUUUAUUAAAGGGUAAACCAGACUUUCAGAAA